GGCGGUGGAGACCGGAGCCGCCGCAGCCGCCAUGGGCACGGUGCCGCAGCGCCUGCAGCGCUUCCUCGAUCGGCCCGGCCCGCUCGGGGACCUCCUGGGCCGCCUGGAGGCCCGCACCGGCGUCCGGCGGCUCUACCUGGCCACAGGCUCUGCGGGGUUCCUGGGGCUCUACCUCGUGUUCGGCUACGGCGCUUCACUGCUCUGCAACCUCAUUGGCUUCGCCUACCCUGCAUACGUCUCCAUCAAAGCCAUCGAGAGCUCCAGCAAGGAGGAUGACACCACGUGGCUGACGUACUGGGUGGUGUAUGGCGUCUUCAGCGUAGCCGAGUUCUUCUCUGACAUCUUCCUCUACUGGUUCCCCUUCUACUAUGCUGGGAAGUGCCUGUUCUUGCUGUGGUGCAUGGCCCCCGUGCCCUGGAACGGGUCACGGGUGCUCUACCAGAACAUCAUCCGGCCCUGGUUCCUCAGGCAUCACCGGACCGUGGACACUGUGCUGGGCAACCUCAGCACCAAAGCCCUGGAUGCAGCCUCCAGUGUCACCAGAGAAGCCUCCGGAGCAGCCCUGACCCUGGCGAAGGAAGCGGAGAAGAGGAAAUGAGAGGCAUCACGACCCCGACCGAGCCCCACGGCUGUUGCUUCCCCCCCCUCCCCAAUAAACCGCCGGGGGUCC